AUGGAUUCUGAAACCGAUACUGAUACGCAUUCACUUUACGGUUCGGAGACGUCCAGAGAAAACUAUAAGAGUCCUGAGAGUUCCGAUUGUGAAGGAUAUGCCACCCCAUUAGCCUCAAGCCUCAAUGACAUUGCCCGUGAAGUUGGCGGUGAUGUCACUAUCAAUAUUCCAGAAGAUGUAGAUCAAAAACUCAUGGAUUCUGGAGAACAAACACCAGUGAGCACACCACGCGCGAUUUCCCCUCCGAUAGUCAAACAGAUCAUGUAUCUACAGAAACCGAGAAUUCUGGUCAUGACACAAAGAGAGAUUCUCGAUGAAAGCAGUGAAGAAGAGUUCUAUGAUGUGGAUGAUGUUCACAUUCGAGAUGUCGCUCAACAGCUUUUGGAUGGUGUGGUGGACGUCAGUGGCAACCAAAACGAACGACCUGAUACGCCAAUAUUGGCAGAAGAUACUACUCUGGGAUUGGAAGAUAUCAGUUCUGAUGAAGAUCGUAGCACUCCAAUUCAAGAAAAAGAGGAGGAUGUAGAAGAGUUGAUGAAUGUUGAUGUGGAAGGGCUCAAGGAAGACAUGACGAAGCUUAUUUUAUCAGAUAAUGAGUCCCCCUACCAAAACGAUGAAGUUGAGACGGAAAUUGAAAAUAGCGGAGAAAUGAUUGCAUUUGAAAGUGAUGAAGACGUGAAGCUAUAUGUUGAGACUGAAUUUCCUAAAACUGAAAGCGACCAGGAAAAUAUGGAGCACUCUUCAACUUGCUCCAGCUCAGAAACCAAUAAUUCAAUACACUCCGAAGACGUUAUCGAACAAGUCGCCCCACUUGAAACUGCCGAAAGUUUUGAUUCUAUUGAUGUUCAACCCCUUCAAAAGCUCUUCUAUAAGGAUUCUGACAGUGAAACUUCUGAUGUAACUUCUACUGAUGCUCCAAUUGUUGAUGUUGAGACUUGUGUCAACACAUUUGAUAACUGUGACAACAUGACUGCAAACAGUGUUAUCACAGAAUGUGUUCAUAAUAAUGUGAAAGCUGAAAUGGCUGGGAAAGUUGAAGAAAUGUUAGCGAAAAUUAAUAAUCGCAUUCAACAUGAUAAAAUAUUGAAGAAUGAAGAUCCAAAGGAAAAAACAGCAGUGCUCGAAACUGAAGAAAAUUCAUCCGAAGAAUCAAUUUUCGUAAAAGAAUCAAUUGUUGUAGAAGCACCAUUCUCGGAUGUUGCUGACGAUGAAUCCCCUGAGAUAAUGAAUGUCGAUGCAUCAAACUUUGAGAAAGUUGAUAACCUUAUGAUUUAUUCUCAGACUGAAUCUCCAGUGAAUCAGUUGCAAGAGGCUGACAAGCAUUGCGAAGUUUCAUCCGCAAUAGCUGAAUCUACUUAUGCUCAAAAUCUGGUCAUGGACAGACCAGUAAUGCUAUACGAGCAAAUGCCAGAAUGUUUCUCUGAAAUUACUGUUGCCAAAACUCCAAUGGCUCAAACUGAAAUCACUGUUCCCUCCGAAGAAAUAGAGAAAUAUGAAGAACCACAUUUUUCUUCAAACCAGGAAACAACUGACAAUGAACCGAUGCCAACACUCGUUAUUUCUGAUGAGGUGAAAACCUCUCCAGCUACUGACGACGACAUUCUCUCUGAAUGUUCAGCGCAUGAAGUGAAAGUUGAUUUUGAUGGUUACUCAUCUGGAAAAGAAGAAAGCCUAUCAUCCUCUACGUCAUCAGAAAGUUUCGAGUUUGCUGAGCCGGUUUCAAGUAAUAAUGUACACGACGAGAAAGCGACACAAGCAUUACGGAACUCAAUUAUCGAGAGGUAUCCGUCUAACGAGACUGAUGAGGAUGAACUAGAUAGUGUUGACGACGAAUUCGAUGACGAUUUGCUUGCAGUGAAGCAGAUUUCUGCAGAAGUCGAACAGCUGGUCGCGGCUAUCAAUGCAUUCGGACGAGACGAAGAACAACAGAUGAGCGCCUAUCUCGUUGGAAAGAAAAUGGCCGCCGAGAAAAAGAGGAAAAGUGUGAUGGACACUGGUGUGGUGACCUCUUCAUGUCAUGACCAAACUGUUCAGACGGACAGCGACUCGUUCAUUCUUGUUGAUCGACACCUUCCGGUAGUCAUGGAAAGUCUUCAAGUGGAAAUUGGUAAACUUCAAGCUGACUUGGAAAAAGUGAAGCAUGGAGAAAAGGAACUUCUGAAAAUCAAUUCCAAACUCGAGAAAGAACUGGAGGAGUCUCAGCAAACUAUUGAUGGGAUCGAGGUUGAAGCUGAACAGCAAUACACUGAACUCACUUCGGAAAUUGAUGAGCUUUGCGAAAUUGUGCAGAAGAAAGACCAGGAGCUCGCAGCUCUCAAAGAACGAGUUGCCAAUUUGUCUGUCAGUGAAAGCAACUUGAGAGAUGACGUUGACUCGCAAAGACUUAUUUCUCAGCGUCAAAAGGAGAUUAUUGAGAGUCUCAGAGAAGAGCUUGAUGCUAUCACCAAAAAAUUGAGUGAUGUGACCAAACUUCGAGAUAAGGCGAUUGAGGAGGCCACGCUUUACAAAAUGAAAAACAUGGAACGUGACCGUUUCCUGUCAAGAGAAGCACAAAUGUCUAUGGAAAUCGAGGAUUUGCAACGCGAACUCAACAAACAGAAACUUAUUUUGAAUCAAACUAGCAUGGCAAAACUGGCAGAUACUUUCGAUAGAAAAGUUCUCCACCUUGAGAACGAGCUGCGGGAGAGAGAUAUGCUUAUUUGUAAGCAGAAUCAGAUCAUCAACAGUCAUCGAAAAUCGCCAACCGGAUCGGUCAUCACCCAUCGCAAAAUGCAACCUCGCGCCUCCGUACUUGCCGCUGCAGGAAAUCUACCAAGUGCCGGAAGCAGUUCUGAGUCAUUCCAGAACGGAUUGGAUGUAGAAGCAAAGGAUGCACUUCUCACAUUCAUAUUGAGUGAUCGACACAGCCAACUUGCCAAUAUCUACAAUAUUGGUCGAAUCUUGGACUUGUCACCACAAGAGGAGCGUGCCGUAGAACGUCAUUUAACAAAGGAUCGAUUUACCUAA